AACACAUGAAACACAUUAGUUCUGCUUGCACGUCUGAUUAUAAAAGCAGUUCGGUGCUCGUGUCCUCACCACAAGCUGAUAAAAGCAGGACACUCUUGUUCUCGCACUUCACUUUCGCUUCAAAUUUUUUCCCAGCGACGAUCACUAUUUUUUAAACCUUCACAAAAAGUUAGCAAAAUGUCAACUUUCGGAAGAGGGAUCUGUAUCAUCACGGGAGCCUCUAAAGGGUUUGGAAGGGCGCUGGCACAUGAAGUGUCCCACUUUCUGGAGCCUGGCUCCAUCCUCCUGCUGGUGGCUCGCUCUGGGACUUUGCUGCAGGAGCUGAAGGAAGAGCUGCACAGCUUCAAUGACAAACAGCAGCUGAUUGUUCACUGCAUCGCCGUCGACCUGAACACCAGAGAAGGGGUGAAUGAAACUGUGAGGAUAGCGAGGCAGGAGGCUGCAAAUGAAAUUGAUCAUGUGCUCCUUAUUAACAACGCUGGCUCUUUGGGUGAGAUUUCCGGAUUCGAGAACUUCACAGAUCUUGGAAUGGUGAAUUCCUAUCUGUCCUUCAACGUCAGUUCAGCUCUGGCGCUGACUGCAGGAAUCCUGCAGGUAUUUCCAUGCAGAGCCGGCCUGCGAUGGAGAGUGGUCAACGUCUCGUCAAUAUUUGCAUUACAGGCCUUACCGUCCUGGGUUCUGUACUGCACCGCCAAAGCCGCCAGGAAGAUGAUGUUCAGCGUUCUGGCUGAGGAGGAACCAAAUGUCAAGGUCCUCAGCUAUUCACCAGGUCCGAUGGACACAGAGAUGCAGGAGGAUAUUCUGAGGUUAACAGGCACCAGUCAUUGUCUGUUUCCCUGCCAGGAGUCUGCAAUCAAACUGGUUAAGUUGCUUCUUGGAAAUGAUUUUCCCUCAGGGAAACACCUCGACUUCUUUGAAGUGUGAUGUUCGUAUAUUAGAGAAUGAAGAAUCACUAUUAACAAAUGUAUAUCACUAGAUUUUACGUGUGUAUCGAUGGCAAACUGUGCCAACUCAGCCGAUCUUGUCACCAGUAACCUGUUUAAAGCUUGUGCAGAGCAGCAGAGCACAUGCUAACAUAUGAAUACUUUUUUCAAUACUGACAAGCAACACACAGUUAACUUAGAUUCUUCACAGUUGAACUGUUCAGUUUAUUUGACUGAAACUGAGUUUUCACUCAGAAAAUUCCCUAGGGUCAUGAACCAGCAUGAUGGUGAAACAGUGGAGAUUCGCUGACGUUGAAGCGAUUUAUAAAAAUAAACAGGGUUUUCAUAAACUUUGUUCCACCCAGUACAAAUCAAAAUGUGACUGGUUUAAAACAUUGUUUUCUUGUACAAUGAUAAUGUCACUCAUGUUUUUGUGUAAAGUGCAUAUUUAUUUGUGUUAAAAGUGAUAUAAGUAUGUACAUGUACUGUUUGUACUUUUCAGUCAUUAAAAAAUUAUUAAAAUGUA